AUGUCGGAAACACCUGGACGCCCCAUGAAGUUCCCCUAUACCCUUUCGGCCAAAAUGGCACAGUUUCCUUUUAAAUUCUACUUGGAGAAACAAUGGAUAUGGAGGUACUGGAUGGUUGGUAUUGCUGUUGCUGCACCAGUCUUCUACAAGAUACACAAAAUGGCUAACUCCCCUGAGAAUGUUAGCAAGUGGGCUGAAAUCAGAAGGAAGGAGGCGGCCGCUCACCACUAG